AUGUUUAAUAAUGCAAAGGAAGUGGAGAAAAUAAGACACAAGGAAGACAAGGUAGAUUGGUCUUCUUAUAUAUGGAGGAAAUCUUUGCACCCAACUAUUGCCAGCAACAUUUGGAAGCUUCUACAAGGAGUUUAUGUGAAUGAUGACAUGAAAAGAAAACAAAGAUAUGAAAUGCCUUCUAGAUGUUGUAUCUGCAAAUCAGAGCAGGAUUUUAUGGAGCAUACACUGUGGCUUUGUGAAUUCAGUGUUCAGGUUUGGAAUUGGCUUGGCAAUAUGUUUCAAUUUCCCAGGCCAUACUCUUUUUCAGAAUUUUUUUCUGCAGCUAAACAGCACAGUCCUAUCAUUGAUGAAGUAUGGAUAAUCUCUGCUUGUACUGUCAUUAAGGAGUUGUGGUUUCAAAGAAACAGAGUUUUCUUUGAAGGAGGUGAUGUUAAUAUUCAUGGUUUCAAGCACAGGGCUAUGAAGAUUGUUCAAGAUCAUGGUGUCAGAAUAAAAGGGGUCAGGUGGAACAAUGACUAUGAAAACCAAAUUCUUAGUCACUUCAAAAUUGAUUCUUAA